AUGGCCGCCGUCAUGAUACAAACUCAGUGCGCGUCUUCGGACGAUACCAGAUCCCCAGGCUCUGUACUAAAACUCGGCUCGCCGCCUGCCGAUACAGAGAUCUUGGAUUCCCAAUCACUGCUCAAGGGCGCCACGAGUGUCUUUGACAUUGUGCCCGAGACCGCGCUACUAUUAUUAUGCAACAACAUUGAGAAAUUGGUUGCACAUUUUGAGAAAUUGCCGGCCUCGGCCUCCUCUUACCCACCCUCCAAUAGCUCGACCCCGAUGGAGCCCCAGACCCCGACGGAAGAAGAACCGCCGGCGAGGAGCAUGGGAUUACACUGUGGUGAUGCAGAGGACGGGCACAGCGACCGAUCCAAAGAAGACACCUUUCAACUGCGCAUACUCUCUCGAAAGUUUCUCUCCAAGAAGAUUCCCCCGAUUGCGCUGAGGGAUUACCUGCAGCGCCUACACCGAUACUGCCCCAUGUCGACCGCGGUACUUCUCGCUGCGAGCGUCUACAUCACCAAGAUGGCUCUUGUGGAGAAAGUGGUCCGCCCAACACCAAAGAAUAUGCACCGGCUCGUCCUCGCUGGUCUGUUAGUAGCCACGAAGGCCCUCGAAGAUCUCAGUUUCCCGCACGGUCGUGUCGCGAAAGUCGGCGGAGUCUCUGAGCAUGAGCUUUCUAAACUUGAAAUUACUUUUUGCUUCCUGGCUGACUUUGAGCUGCGCGUGGAUGCGCGGAUGCUGAUGGACGAGGCGAGGAUGCACUGCACUGAGAACUUGCAGUUAUCCGAGCCUGACUCUUUGGAGGAGAAGAGUGAUUGA